AUGGGAGGGGCGGUCCCCCGACAAAGAAGGAGCAGAUCCGAGUUCCCCAAAAGAAAGGAAGGAAGUGUGGCCCCAUUUGUGGCCGUUUCUCCUCAACAAUUUGGGCAGGUAAGGGCUCCUCCAAGUAUACAAUUUUCGCAUCCUAUAAACGGAAAAGGCCGCCUUGACCUUUUCCUUGGGCCAGAUAAAUGGCUUGGCCAAAUUAAUUCAAUGGACUAGAUCAGGCCGGAUAACACCGUUCCCCCAGGGACUGCCCGACUAAUGGGCAUAAAGAGGUGUCAACGGAAAGGAAAUGUAAAUGAAACAGCCCGAGGCAUGGCAUUCGGGUUUACUCGCCCCUUGGAGAGGAGAGUAACCGAUCAGUCAGUUUAUAGUUUUGUUCGGAGUCAGGUUAACACGUAGCAGAAGACAGGCCCUAAGGGUGACCAAUCCCACACGCGACUCCACCGUACUCUGUUUGAUUGCAUUCCGAAAGCAGAGAGAGGAGGGGGGUCUGCUCUCGACCUUUUCUCCCUAAAAACAUUCGAGAGAAAAUGGAAUCCGCCAGAGUCUGUUCUCUUCGAUUGCUUUAAAUUAAUUAUGGUAUCCGCAAACAGUGUUACUGUCAUUUCCGUUUCGACCCGACUUUUGUGCCGAUUACAAUUUACAAUCAUGUACCAUAAAAGUUGCUCAUAAUCCCCGAUCCAGACCAAUCACAUUCCCAGUGUUAUUAGGACUCGGUGAUUGGCAGCUGACCCCUCAGUCUCUGCGAUAAGAUGUAAUCAAGAAACAAAUGGGCGUCGAAUUAUUUCCGGUAGAUCUUGAUGGGGACGUAAUUGUCGAUGGCCCCGCAUGUCCGACUUGUCGCGUACGCAAUAUUUUAUAUCAAUAACCAUCUCGUUGCGCGAGAUUAAAAUUGUUCGGGGAAAGUUAAUCAAAAAUUAAUCCAACUAGGAAUUAUUAGCCAAAAAAUGAGGACAGCCAUAAAUUCGUACUUAGAUCCAUCGACAAAUAUUGUUUCCAUAUCUGGCCACCGUUUGAGAUUAUUUUCAAAAUAUAUAGAGUUACUAAAAUCACCGUAAUCCUGGACAUUUUGUUUGCCUUUCGCUUCCCAAGUCCAAUUAAAGAAUUACAGGCCAUCAAAGAGAAAGGCGGCUUGGCUAACAGGUAGUUCUCGAAUCAGAGCACAGUCCACUGAUGUAAUUAACUCCCGUUUCGGCGCGACUUCGGCUCGCUUUUAGGCAGAGGAUUAGCCGGAAAUUUGCAUGUAGCUUCUGAAUACCACAUGUUACAUUGUUUGGGGGAUUAGAGGGCCUGGAACAUAAGGUCUGGACAAUAGACUUGUAAUGGAUACCAACUUGGGUGGGAAGGGGGGAUGCUGGUCUCAACCCGACAGUUAAAAUAGGCGAACAAAGUAGAAAAAAUAAUAAUAUUACUCACAGAACCCAAACUUAGAGAAAUCCCACCUUAAGUUAAAGGUCAAAAAUUUGUGACUUCUGAAUUAUAUGAGAAACAAUGGCCUUUUCGGCCUGAAAAAAAGAGUUUGUUUAAUAAUUGGAUAAGGAGAGGUCAUGGAACUCGGUCAUUGCGCGAAAGCGCGGAUCAAGGGACACACCGGCAGGGCAUCGAAUAUCAAAAUUACAGAGGAAACGAAGCAAAACAAAAGGAGCGAGCUCUCGAUUAAUAAACAAAAAGAAAAACAACAAAUUAAUUACUGUAAUGCCCUUAAAAAGUUCAUCAUAGUUAAUUUGAAACUCGGUUGAUAAGUAAGGCAACAGUAAUCGAUAAGCGCUCUCAUCUUGGCCGGGAUUAAUUUCACGGCCAUGGAUGACUGACGCAUCAAAUGAACGGUGAAGAUUCCUGUCACGGCCCCAUGAACACGCUAGCCGGGGAGGGUGAUACAACCCGAACGGCCCGUUUGACUAAUUUGGCACGGCCAACCGGUCAUUUCGGGCCAAGAAGUCGAGUGGAAUCGGGACUGAUCAGCAAAGUUAGGGACUGGCAAACUAAAACAAUAACGCGUCGGCAGGCUUCACUUCACGCAUGGGACAAACCCGACAAAUGGGUUCGGCAAAGUCGGACUAGGAAGGGGCGGUCCCGGCCUUGGCCAUGCUUCAAUUGUCGCGAACAACCUCAUCAACAACUUCAUUCCACUUCCGGCCUCACUUGGCCACCUGUGUCCCCAAAAUCAGACCGGAAGCCGGCUUACCGUAGCCUCUGACUCCUGGCUUCAUCCAACUCCGAAUUUGGAGUUGGCUUGAGGAUUGGAGAGAGGACAAAACGAUGACUUUAGAGUGGGGGUACUCGGAUGGAGGCUACCAUACCUACUACUCGCAUAUUCCCGCUCUAUUAUGGAGGUUCGUUAGAGAGAAUCGGCAUCCAAAUCCAGUUAAAACAAAGCCCAUGGAUUACUGUACCGAAUCAAUUACGAAGGCCGUGUACAAACAGAGUAAUAAUCGGGGGAUCCAACAAAUUGGUGUCUCUCGCGAGGUCUCCAUCCAGAUUGACUGGAUCCCGCCCUCCCUCGUCUGGAUACGGUGA